AUGGAGCGUUGUGGAAGAGCAAUUACAAUGACCCAUAUCACCAUCUCAAAACUAUUAAUAACACUACUACUAUUAGGGUUUGUAGUUCACAAUGUUUAUGGACAAUCUAAUGGUUCUCAGUUAUUUCACAGAUCCAGAUCGCGACAUCCGGGUCACAGACGAUCUAAUCCUGUUAGUAGUCCUCGAACUCUACAGAUGUUGACCAAGAGACCUGUGUUCAAGCCAACAUUCCGUCCCAUACAACAAACUAUUAGACGAGUUAUUCCAAAUAGAGUAAUUGUUCCCCGCCAAUAUACUCCAUCAAAGACUAUUACACCUCGUCACAGAUUGCUAGUGAAUACACCUGGUCGUAAUGUGAUGCAUCAUAAACAAUAUAAAGUGCCUAAUCAAUUAGCGAAAUCCUUCAAACCAGUUACACCUCUAGUUAAACCUUCCAUUAAACUCAGUUCUCCGUACCCUGUCAGCAGAGCUAACUAUAUAGGAGAACUGCCCAAUGAAAUCGAGUUGUUAGUUGUUGUUGAUUAUGAAGCCUACUUGAGAUGGUACGAGAGAGAAGGUAUCAAAUAUCAGAAUGGAAGAGAUAUUAAAACACAACAAGCUAUCACCAAAUAUGUCACUUCAUUAGUCCAUGAUAUGAACAAUCUGUAUCACUCGUUAGAAAUGUUGGAUUUAAAGAUAGACAUCACCCUGGUAGAUAUUCUUAUAAUACAGUCCAAAGAAGGGGGAUAUUGGUUAAGUAAAUUAUCGAAAAAAGGAUUCCCAAGAAAUAUUGUCAACGCUGCUUCUUCAUUGGCGUCUUUUUAUAGAUGGGUAAAAAAACACGAGAAGGUGUUGCCUCCACAUGAUCAUGCUAUGCUGCUAACAGGGUUUGAUUUACAAUCUGCCAACGAAGCACCGAAUAAACUUACAACAGGCCACGCCUAUCUAGGCACUAUGUGUAAAAGGUCCUCGGUAUCAGUGGUAGAGAAUCAGUUUAACUUUGAGGAUGUGGUUGCAGCAAGUCAUGAACUGGCUCACAGUCUGGGGUCUGAACAUGAUGGAGAUGGUAAUCCGUGUCCCGAUACAGAAGGGUAUAUAAUGGCACCAGUUAUAGAAGUUAACGCUACUAAUAGAUGGUCGUUUUCUACCUGCUCACAUCAAUACAUCCAGGAUUUACUGGAGAAGUUAGAUAGGGAAGAAAGGAACUGUCUCUCCACCAAAAAUAAUCUCGGCCACAUGCCACAACUACAUGACGCAGACGUUAAACUUGGCGCCCUUCUUUCUCCAGAUCAGCAAUGUGCUCUAAUUGAAGGUCCUGGAUCUUUUCUUUGUAGGGAUUUCUACCAAGAAUACAACUACCAUACAUUAUGUCGAGAAAUGUGGUGUAACAAUAUCACAUCACCUACACCGACCUGUAACACUUUCCUGGGAUCAGAUGGUUUCUCUUGUGGCAACCAGAAGGUGUGUAUCCAGGGUGAAUGUGUUUUCCAACAAACAGCAAAAGUUGUUCCAGAUUUAUGUCCCCUUGGUGAUGAACCUGGAAUAGUGUGGAAUAACUACACUUGUCCUGAAAUCGCCAAAAACGCACCAGAACAAUGUUAUGACGACGUUACCAGGAUGAAAUGCUGCUUGUCUUGUCAGAAAAUCCAUAAUGGCGACCUAGAAUGUCCUUACGGUGACAGAAGUUCGUGGUGUCGUACAGAUUUAGAACUUCCGGUGGGCUGUUAUUUAAACGAAGAUCUCUGUUGUGCAACUUGUGCCAAAAUAGAAAACAAAAACGAACCAGAAUGUCCUUAUGGAGAUCGUAGUAAAUGGUGUAAUACCACAUUAUCUGUUCCUAUCGGAUGUUAUGAGAACCAAGAUCUCUGUUGUGAAACUUGUAAACAACACAUCGACCAUAAUAAUCCAGAAUGUCCAUAUGGUGACAGAAGUACUUGGUGCUCAACGACUAUGGAAGCCCCUUUUGGAUGUUAUAAAAACAAUGAAUUGUGCUGUGGAACUUGUGCUGAGUAUCAUCAGCCACAGAAUAUAGGUUGUGAGUAUGGGGAUAAGAGUACAUGGUGUGUUAAUGAGAUGAAUGUACCUUCAGGAUGUUAUUUAAACAGUGAUCUAUGCUGUGGAACUUGUAAUCAGCACUAUAACUCCACCAAUCUAGGUUGUGAAUACGGUGAUAAACAUACUGACUGUGCUAAAGUUCCCUAUCCAAUGGGAUGUUAUAAAAACUCGGCGUUAUGUUGUGGAUCUUGUGCUGACCAGAAACGACAUGACAGACCAGGCUGUGAAUUCGGCGACAAAUCAACAUGGUGUACCAACCAUCUGAAACCAGAACAGGAUUGUGAACUCAACAAAGAACUGUGUUGUGGAACGUGUGUGUAUAAAGAAGGACAGUUUCUAUUGUAA